CAGAGGGCCGUUCGCGCACCACGCCACGUGCUCUCUCUGCCAGCCAAUAGGCGGAAGCGCCGCUCGCGCUUGCUCCCGCCUCUCCGGCGCUCCCGCGCCAAUCGGAAGCCGCAGUGUGUAUGUGUGAGUGUUUGUGUGUAUGUGUGUGAAUGUGUGUGUGAAUGUGUGCGUGUGAGUGUGUGAAUGUGUGCGUGUGUGCGCGCGAGAGAGCAAGUGGGAACGAGGAAGCAGCUGAGGACAACCCUGCUAGCAGGUCCCGGGUCCAGGUGCCGACACGAGCCCUCAGUCGGCCGGCAGCGGGCGGGGUGAUUCCCCGAGCCCCUCCCCCGCGCGUGCGCGCCCGGGUCCGCCCUCCCCGCAGCCUCUACUCCCGCGCGGCGGCGGCGGUUCCUUCCCCCUUCCCCCAGCCCUGGCUCCGGGGGACCCCGCGAUGCCGGUCCGCACCGAGUGUCCCCCGCCGGCGGGUGCCUCAGCUACAUCCGCGGCCUCACUCAUCCCGCCACCGCCCAUCAACACCCAGCAGCCCGGCGUGGCCACCAGCCUGCUCUACAGCGGCUCCAAGUUCCGCGGCCACCAGAAGAGCAAGGGGAACUCGUACGACGUAGAGGUGGUGCUGCAGCACGUUGACACAGGUAACUCUUACCUUUGUGGGUACCUGAAGAUUAAAGGCCUUACAGAGGAAUAUCCAACCCUUACAACCUUCUUUGAAGGAGAAAUAAUAAGCAAAAAACACCCUUUCUUAACUCGCAAGUGGGACGCAGAUGAAGACGUCGAUCGGAAACACUGGGGCAAGUUUCUGGCUUUUUAUCAGUAUGCAAAAUCAUUUAAUUCAGAUGACUUUGAUUAUGAAGAACUGAAAAAUGGGGAUUAUGUCUUCAUGAGGUGGAAGGAGCAGUUCCUGGUCCCGGACCACACAAUCAAAGACAUCAGCGGUGCUUCCUUUGCUGGCUUCUAUUACAUCUGCUUUCAGAAGUCAGCAGCCUCCAUAGAGGGCUACUACUACCAUCGGAGUUCAGAAUGGUAUCAGUCCCUCAACCUGACCCAUGUUCCUGAACACAGUGCACCCAUCUAUGAGUUCCGGUGACAGUGGUUCAGAACAGCGGCCAAAUAAAACUGAACUUGGCAGCAAAGAGCUUUGCCAAGGAAAUUAUGUACCUGCCAGAACCAGGAGAGGUGUGUUCCUGUUUCUUCAUGGGCAGACUUCAUCAGAAAGCAUGAAUGUUAACCUACAGGACCCAAGGCACAUGGCCAACCUGCAGGCAGGCAGAGGGAGCUGUCCACAUCUUACCCUCCUUCCUCUCUGCGGCAUUGUGGUCACCAUCUGUUUCUGAGCAACCUUAAAUGCACUUUCCUUCCUGCACAGCUAACUUCUGCAUCACAGAAAUGCCAUCUGUCUUCAGCCUGCCUCUAGCCGAGUAGAAGGUCAGCUCCUGGGUCACCUCAGCCUUGGUGCUCAGUGGUCCCCACCCAGGCCCUACUCCUUCCCCAGUUGCUUGUUUGGUAGCCCAAGGAAAGGCAGAGCCCAGCAACUUGUGCCCCAGAGCUGUGUGUGAGGAGUUGGCUGGGCCCAGCAUCUACCACCAACGAAAUGAGGUGGAGGCCCUAGUGGGCCUCAUCAGCAUUUGAUUACAGUUUGGAUGUUUUGUGGGGCCGGUGGCUCUGCUGAGCCCUGUACAAGUGCAAGACUCGCACAUGGCUGUCGAGUUUCCUGGGCCUGCUGUCGGGGAUCACUAAAUUUAAGGCUUCCAGAUCCCUGGUUGGGAGUAGAUCCCAAAUUGCUUUCUUAGUACAUUUGCUCCAAACUUCUGAACUUGAGGGCAAUACUAAAAUAAAAGAGUUUUUUAUUACAAAAUUAUUAUUUUUAUGGUACCUUUAACAAGGACCCUAUGGCAAAUGCACAAUUCCGAAUUACAUUUUAUCGUUUUCACAUUGAAAACAACAAAUGUUGACUUAGUGAUUUUUAUAUCUAUGUCUAUAUGUAUAUUUAAUCAACCAGCAGUUUUAAAGCAAGUCAUCUGGUACAAAAGUUUCUCAGCAUUGCAUAAAUUACAGUGCUAAACACAAGAACUGUUUCCGGGGCCAGUUGAGCAUUUGUGCCUCCUCCUUUUGCUACUCAAAACAUCAGUGUGUCAUGACAACCUUUUCCAAAGGCAGAAGGGUCUCCAUUCCCCGUAAAGAAUGACUGAAAUGUUGAGAUGGGGCGGGCAGGAGAGAUAAAUGCGCUCAAAUAACUCCAGGCUCGUGUGCCAAAGUGUGGGGGAGGGGAGUGUUUUGGUUUGGUUUGGUUUGAUUUGGUUUGGUUUAGUUUGGUUUGGUUUGGUUUGGUUUGGUUUUUCUAAAUGUUUAAAAAGCUUGAUAGGUUGGCAUCAGUUGUAGUCCACAGAUAUGGUCAGGGCUUUACAGGUUCAAACACAAGAGGAAAAAGCUUUAAAAUAAAUACAGCACUAGGGCCUGGGGUACGGCUGAUAGAGCACUAGCUUGCCAUGUAAGAGGGCCUAGCUUCCAUUCCCAGUGCUGGGAAAAGGAACACCAGGGUUAGCGGGUUGACUGUCCUUGUUCUGUGCUGUAUGUUACUAAUACUGACUGUUUGGGGAGCAGAAGUGGGGAACGGAACCAGCAGGAACUUGUGGUAUCCGUAGUCCUAAGACUGUAAGCAGAGUACAGCUGACCCAUUCAGUAAAUCCAUAAAAGUAAAUCCAAGGCUUAGGUAGAAAAAAUAAUUCACAUCCAUUACUAAUGCUAAAUCACAUGGUUCCUUACCUUUGAAAAACAAGCUAGAUAUGGUAAUGCACCUAUAGACUCAGCUACUCAAAAGCUGAGCCCAGAAGAUAGGGUCAGUCUCAGGUGAACCUAGACUUCAUUUCCUAACAAAAGACGUCAGAAUUCGGCUGUGCAUCAUGACUGACUGCUGAGAAACACCUGGCUGACAUUCAUGGGACACCAUUACUUCAGUGAAGCUGAGAGGCAACACUGAAGAGUGAAGGAGGCUGAGGGAUUAUGCUGGCUUUCUCCCUGCAGCACACACUCAACUCCUCUGGCUGUCCUUUGUACCAUACCAGUCAACCUUGUGUGUACCAUCCAAGCAUCAUUCAACAGUAGGUGGAGCCACCCUGAAACUAGGGCUUAUGUGUAGCUCAAGUGGCACAUCAGUGAACAGUUUCUCUUGUAAACUGGGCAAGCCAGUUUGUAGCGUAGGGACCCCCACACACAUACACCUCUCCACCCCCCUUUUGGGCUCUUUGGAGUCAGGUUCUCACUGUAACUCUGGUUGGCCUGGAGUUCACUAUGUAGACCAGGCUGACCUUGAACUCACAGAGCUCCACCUGACUGCUUGGAGUACUAGGGUUAAAAGGUGUGAACCACCACACCCCACUCCUUUCUCUUUCUUAGCUAGGGAAGUGCUCCAGUUGUACUUAGAAAAAUGAGGGAAGGAUGCCUUUAGCAGCCUUCAGACCCACCUGAAGACUUGCUGCUUAGAAGUCUGCCGUGCGAAUUGGGCAUGAAUAAACAUGUUUCACUUAGCAACUCCUACCUAUGGAUAGUGACUUUUCCUUUUCUAUCCCUGAAGGACCUCUGGGGACUGUCUUGGUGGUUUACAUGCCUCUGGUAACGUGUGCAAUAUCUUUGACUGACACUUGUAUCUAACAUUGAGAAAUAAGUGCAGACUGCAAAUUUCCUACUGUUCUCCAAAAAGCCAGCCCCAGACAGGGACUAGAAGUCUGGCUGGUCUUACCCUCCACUCAGAAGGCUCCAGUGCUGUGGCCAGUGUUGGCCCUCCACGCCCUGCUUUACCCUUAUACCCACCCAUCCCUAAAGAUUGUCUAGCAUUUCAGCUGCAGUCCAAAAGUAAGUAGACAAUGCCUAAUAUUAAGUAGGAAGCCAGUCGGUGUGCUGGCUGUUAGCAGUGUUGAAAUCAGACUCUAGAGGAACAAAGGGGUUUGUUUCUCAAUGUCUUUUGCUUUCAGAAGCAGGGAAUUUAUAUUCUCUUUAAGGCCUUGAAUGGAUUUUUUUUCCUCAUAAAAUAGUCACUGAUAAGCUAAUUUUUAAAAAGAAAUGCCAUUAAGUAUGUUACAUUGUGGUUUAAAAUUACUAACAAGUUCUGGGAAAGAAAAAUACUUGAUUUUGAAUCUUAAAUGUUUUUUAAAAAUUAGAUUUGAAUGGGCGCAAAGUAUGAAUAUUUUGUUUCUUUAUGGAAGACCUGUGGAAAGGGUUUGAAGAUUUGCAAUGGGAGAAGUAUUUUACAGAGCUAUCAAUGUCUAAAUAAUUUUUAAAAAAUAAUAAAGGUAUUUAAGCA